AUGAGAUGGAGCGGGGAAUCCCACAGGAAGUCAGACAGAGCCGGGACCAGGAAGGAAGAGCACCGGACAGGAAGGCUGGCCUGGGACAGGCUGGAUGGCAGGAUCCGUCUGACAGGUAACCGGGCGCAGGACACGCUGGCGAGGCGAACGAUGGCCAGCAGUCGGGUAGGGAAGACCCGGUCGGAGGUGCUCCGCACAGGCGGUGGCGCACGGACCGGAACGAACCUCAGGCACCGCAUACUCCCAGGAGCUCCGGAUCCGUUCAGCCCGGGUAAAGAACCACGGGAUCGCCACAUCCUCCUCCUGACUUGGAACCCAGCCCUGGAUCCCCGCUUCCUUCUCCUUCCACGGCGCCGGCUAAGCAGCAAGUAUUCCAGCGAUGACGCAUGA